AUGAAAACAUUGCUGUUCAUCAUUUGUGGUACUUAGAAUUUGUAUUUGAUUUGGUUUAGUUGUGUAUACAUUAGCAUCACAUGCUUACUUGUAUCCAUUUAAUGAAAACAAUGCAAAAGAUCUGGAAGGACUAAAUUAGAAGUAAAUUGCACAAUUGAUCAAAUAUAAUAUUGGGCUAGUUGAACAUGUCUCGCAAGAUUAAUAAAAAGCAUAUGAACAAUUGAUAAUGUAAAUUAUGAGAUUUUAUCUUGUAGAACAUUUGGAAAGCGUAAUGUCUUGACUCCUACAGAAAUGAAUUAUUUGAUUCUCAUAGAGAGUGAUAAAUUGUACUCCGGACAAGAAGCCCAACAAUAAAGAAUUACUGAAGGAUAUGCUUAAAGUUUCAAGGUGUUGGAGAAAGAAUAAAGAUCCAUCAUGGAAACAUUGUUUGGACGUCAAGGUAUUUUGUAAUUUAAAAAUCCGAUAGCUGAUUCUUUGAUUUAAAAAGCCAAUGCAUUAUUUAAUAACAACAAUUUGGGUUUCAAAAUUUAUCAAAAUGAAGAUGAUUUAGAUAUCAAUUAUUUACAAUGGACUAUAACACUCUAUCUUGGCAAAAAUGUAAAAUAUCCCAUUAUCAUAGAAUGAAGUCUAUUUCUACGAACCCAAAAAAGACAAAUCUUAUAAAAUUGAGCAAUCAUUAGAGAAAUGUGUUGACAACUUCUUUGGAACAACUUUUGAUUAUGCUCCAAAAGACAACAAGAUCUACAAAUAUAACACUAAUGAAAUCUUAGAUAUAACAAAGGAUAAUCAGGAUCAAGUUACAGGAUUUUUAAAGGACAUUUGUGCUAUGAAUAAACUUGCAACCAUCUUCAAAAAAAGUAUAACACAUUUAUAUAUUACACCUUAGAUAGUUCUCCAAAUAUGUUAUCAAUCAUCAAUAAAUCUAUUGCAAAAUUAGAAAAGAUCUUAAAUGAGUAAGAAAUUGAUUUGGUCUACGAUAUGAUGAGAAUUGCUCAUAAAAAAGUAAUUAUUAUACCCAUCAUCUCUUAGCUCUCCAAAAACUUCAGAAAUACCUUUGAAAGUGAAGAUUUAUUCGGAUUGAUUUUAAUUGAAGAAGAGAAAAAUCCUUAAAUCACUACAACCAAAGAAUCUGCUUAAGUUUAGAGAAUAUUGAUGGAAACCAGAACCAGAAUGCUUAAUUAAGUUACUGUAAUUUAAAUGUAUUAUUAUUCUCUAGCAAACUAACUCCUCAAACUAUGUAAUGGAUGCAACAACUUAUUAAAUCUAUGUGUGGUUUGGAGUCUUCUUUGUUAUUGUGUUGAUUGGAAUCAUCUAUGCUAUGGUAACCAUGGAUAUCCAAAAGGAUACAUUAUUAUAUGCUAAGUUUUUAACAACAGAUCAAAGAAAUUGAGUAGUAUAUGUAAAUAUACACCACAC